AUGUCUCCGCAGCCGCACUUCCUCGUGCUGACGUUCCCGCUCCAGGGCCACAUCGCGCCGGCGCUCCGCCUCGCCCGGCGCCUGCUCGCCGCCGCGCCCGACGCGCUCGUCACGUUCUCCACCACUGAAGCAGCGCACCGCCGCAUGUUCCCGGCGGAGGCGGGCGCGCCCGACGGCGGCGGUGGCGAUGACUGCCGCCUCGAGCUCCUCCCGUUCUCGGACGGCACCGAGGCCGGGUACGUUAGGAGCAGCACCGACCCUGCCGCGUUCACCGACUACAUGGCGUCCUUCCAAGCCGCGGGCGCGCGCAGCGUCGGGGAGCUGGUGGACGCGUUCGCCGAGCGCGGCCGCCCCGUGACCCGCGUCGUGUACACGAUGCUCCUCCCGUGGGCCGCGGACGUGGCGCGCGACAAAGGCUUGCCGUCCGCGCUCUACUGGAUCCAGCCGGCCGCCGUGCUCGCCGUCUACUACCACUACUUCCAUGGCCACGCCGCCGUCGUGGCCGACCACCGCCAUGACCCGUCGUUCCUCGUGCGGUUCCCGGGCCUACCGCCGCAGGCCGUGCGGGACCUCCCGUCCUUCCUCACCGAGUCCACCGAUCCGUCCGACUUCUUCCACAGCGUGUACACUACCGUCCGCGACCUGUUCGACACGCUCGACAGGGAGACCCCCAGAGCCACCGUGCUCGUCAACACGUGCCAGGAACUCGAGGAGGGCGCGCUCGCCGCGGUGGGAGCGUACGACGCGCUGCCGAUCGGCCCGGUGCUCCCGUCCGGCGACGAGGCCGGCCUCUUCAAGCAGGACGGCGUCAAGUACAUGGAGUGGCUCGACGCCAAACCGGCCGAUUCCGUGGUGUACGUCGCGUUCGGGAGCCUGGCGAGGAUGGAGAGGGAGCAGCUCGACGAACUGCUCCUCGGACUCGAGGAGACCGGGAGGCCGUACCUGUGCGUCGUCCGGAAGGACAUCAAGGCGGAGCUCGCGGAUGGCGAGGCGUCGGAGACGGAGAUGGACGCGCCACUCAAGAACGGCAUGGUGGUGGAGUGGUGA